AUGUCUGUUCCUUAAAUUAUAGUUGAAUAAUAAUCUUAACUUAAUAGUCCAAUUGAAGUUGAUGGAGCUGUUUAUGUAGCAGCAUAAAAUGGAGAAAUAAUUUAAUACAAGGAUGAAAAAUAUAAAGUAUGAUAUAUAUUCUAAAAUCAGACUUUUUUUCAUGUAGCCAGUUAGCCACAUUCAAUUAAAAUGGAUAAUAAGAAUAAAGUGUUUUAUGUUGCUAAUAUGGCUAGAUAAUGCAUCUAGAAAUUUUGUUAAGACGAGAAUAAUGAUGAAAUUAUUGAUUUCAUUAAUGAAUUUGAAGGCAUGCCUCUUCUUGGACCUAAUUCACUUUUACUCUCUCCUAAAAAUAGUAUCUCACUAUAUAAAUAUUAGACAUGAUAUUUUUUACAGAUUCUGGACCUUUUGGAGAAACUGCAAUAGAUAACUGUAAAGGAUCAUUGUUUGCAGCAGAUUUAGAAAAUCUAACAUGUAAAGCAUUAGCUUUAUAUUGUCUCUCAUUUCCAAGUGGAAUAUGUAUGGGAAAUGAUCAAAAAACCAUUUAUUUAUGCGAAACAGGUAAAAAUAGAAUACUACGAUUUGUAUAGGCUAAGGCUGAAAUAUAUCAUUUUAGGUAUCAUAAUCUAUCCUAUAUAGUGUUUAUAUUUAAUUUUAAGGAAGGUUCGGACCUAUGGCCUGCGCAGUUUCAUCAACAGAUCUCUUAUAUGUAGCUAGAUAUGAAUUCUCUUAAGUUACAGAUGAUGGACUAAUCAGUGUAUAUAAUUAAAAUGGAAUUAAUAUUGAUAAUAUUAUACUACCUCAAUAUCCUGAAUUAACUGGAUUGGCAUUCUCAGUGUAAAGUUUUUAUUAAAAGUAUUAGUGAAAAACCUGGAGUAUUGUACAUAACUGAGAAUUCAUAAAAAGGAAAGUGUUUAAAGCUCAAUGUUACUCCUCCUGAUAAAAAAGAUAAAGAUAAAUUUAAGUGA